UAUUGUCGUCGCUUACUUCAUAGCCAUUGCUUAUUUUGACACAUGGCGGUAUAAGUGAAUUUCUGACGACCUGUAUGAAGAUCUGAAAAUCUAGAGUGAACGUGCUAGUGUGAGAUUUGACUGUUUUAUUUUUCACAGAUUUGAUCAUGUCUGGGUGGACAGCGCGCCAAGGGGAUGUGGGUGAUCUGAGCAGCAAGAGGAAAGAUCAGCUCUUGGAGAUACUGUCACGACAACAACAGUUACUGUCUAAUAAGAGAUUUCUUCAGGGCCUUCCAGAUAAGGGAAAGAAGAUUGCUGACUUUGUGGAGAAAGUACACCUUGCACUGGGACAUCUGGAGGAGGAGGAGAGAAAACAAGCAAAUUUAAUCUCUGUCCGGACAGAGUUUCAGGCUAAAUAUCAGCAUGCCCUUGCCAAGCGAAGCACAGAUAAGCAUUUAGAAUCCAAUUUGGACAUGGUCAUCCCAUCCCAUGACAGAAACCAAGCCAAUGUCAAUAUCGAUGCGGCUAACAUACAGGAAAAUGGUGGUCUGUUGGGCCAAGAGGAGUCUUUGACAUCCCAGCCUGAGCAUGCUGAAACACUAGAAACAGCGGAUGGGAAUGCAGCAGCCUCACAGGUGAAAGACACAGAGCUUGUGGAGGUGUUUGGACGAGUAGCUCUUGAUGAAAGUAACAAUGACUCCUACCAAGACACCAUAAAGGCUCUGUCUCCUAGUAAGCCCUUUCAGGGUAAUCCGCAACAGAAGAAACCACAUUACAUAGAAGUUCUGGAGAAGACAGAGAAAAGUGUGAAUACGAGGAAGCCCAGAUUCAAACCAAACCAGUUGGCUGUAAAAUCCGAGUCUUCAUCACCUAGUCAGGCCUCAGGCAGCACCACACCACUAACUGCAGAGGCCAGAAGACAACGAGACCGGAAACACCUGGAUGACAUCACUGCGGCCCAGCUUCCACCCCUGCACCACAGUCCUGCCCAGCUGCUGUCAUUAGAGCAGUCGACUGCCCUUCUGCAAGAGCAGUCCAGAAAACACCUGGAGUUGCAGGCCAAACAAGCUGCACAGAAGCUGGCAGAUGAUCUGAGUUUUAAGAUGGAGAGUUACAACCCAGAAGGAGGCCCACUGGCAGCCUACAGAGAGGUGCAUGAUGAUGGGGCCCAGCUUUUUUCAGAUGAGGACUGAUCGUGGGGCCCUAGAGGGAGGGCACUGGCUUGUUGAUAUGUUUGGCCCCUUGCCCUGGACCAGCUCUAGGCCUAGAGCCCAUGCUUCAGGACCCUGGAGAGAGGCUUUCAGCCCGAGGACAAGAGAAGGGCUCUUCAUGAACUGCAUGGACAAUGUCUUAGAUUCUGCCAUUGAAGAUAAAUAACAGCAGGUUGAAUCAAGUUAAGAGUAACUGUGUGAAAACCGACCGUUUUUGCAUGUGAAAAUGUCACUGUCCAACAGUAACAGAUUAUCUUGGCAAGCUACUGCCAAAAAACCUGAUACCUCGGCAGGUCCACACCUGUUGUCUUGUAUAGAAUAAUAUAAUUCAAAGCGCUUAUCAGUCAUAACUUUAUGGGUGUGUUAUUCUGAAGAUGGUAAUAGAAUAUUUUUGUAUGACCUUGCUUAGUGUUUAUUUAAAAAACCCUUUGAAUUGA